CCUGUUCACUUCGACUCCAUCUUCAUUUGUUUCUAACGUCAUUUGUUUUUAACGUCAUUAUUUCUCUCCCUAAACAGGCUCACACUCACUACAUCUGCUGCUGACGCUCUGCACUAGUUUUAUUAUUCCAAGUUGUCUUUUAGGCGACAUUAAUUUCAUGUUACCGAUCAUGUUUGUUUUCCGGACUCUGGUUGUUCUGGUCGUCCUCAUUAUUACGGAUGUCAAAGGUGCUAAUCUGAUCUACAAAACAGUUGGAGACUCUGUUGUCCUGAAUCCAGGUCCGCUCUCUGGUCCCAUCAGUAGCACGACCUGGAAGCAUAAAUCGGACCUCGCCUUGGAGUGGUUCGGGACAGAGAUUAUUUGUUACAGAGAAUUUAAAGGUCGCUGUGAUGUGGAUCGAACAAGUGGAAGUCUGAUUAUAAAUAAUCUGACGCUAGGCGACAGCGGCAUCUACUCCCCUGAGAUCAACAACAAAGAACUGGACAAGAUGGACCUACUGGUUCUCCAACCGGUCUCAAAACCCACGGUGUCCAUACAGUGCAACAAUGAGAAGACCUUCUGUAAUCUCAUCUGUGAAGCCAACAUCACUGCUGAGUUUGGAUCUGUCACAUAUAAAUGGAAAAAUGAAGACAGGGUUCUGUCCAACAGCAAGGAGCUGGAGAUAAAAACGGAGAAAGAUGGAAGCUCCUUUAUCUGCGAGUUGGAAAACUUUGUUAGCAACGCAUCCAUUGAAGCAGUAAUCAACCCCUUUAGCAGUGGGAAUAAUCCUCCACCAGUGAUUGUUUCAGUUGUAAUUACAUUCCUGAUCCUGAUUGUGAUCCUGAUUGGAGUUGUUCUCUUUUUAAAGUACAAAAAAGGGUGUUGGACCCGUUUCAAGACAAUGGGGUGCUUUAAUAAGAACACACAAAAUGGAGAUGUUGCUACGCGUAAAGAAGAAACGAAUAAUUCAAGGUCUGAUGAAGCACCUAAUGGGGCCGUGUUUAAUGUGAGCCCAGGAACCAGCAGUCAAAAUGAACAUGAGGCGUUGCUCAGUGAUACCAAGAACCCAGCUGAAUGUGAUGUGUUUCCCAGUGAAGCCAUGAAGACAGCUGACCAGGAUCAGAAUUCAGAACAGGGACCAUUCGGUGAGAACCAAGGAGAAUCAGACCAGGACAUCAAAACUGAGGAAGCCCAGAAGACCAGUGAAGGAUCUGAGAUUUCAUCUGAAAAGAACCCAAACUGUGACCAGCCUGCAGUUUCUGCUGAUGUGCAUCGUGAACCUGCGAACGUUUCAUGGUCCAAUGAAGGAUCCAAUCAGAACCUGCCUAAUGUGAGCCCAGGAACCAGCAGUCAAAAUGAUGAGGUCCAGAAUUCAGGAGUGAAAACAGAGAACCUGGACCAAGCAGAACCAGCUAAGGAAUCAGUAGCUGUGGAAAUCCCAGAGAACCGUGAUGUAGCUGAAGUCUAGUGAUGAAGAAACACCUGACCGACACACUAAAGACGAAGACCAAAGCUGAAACGCAUCCUCCAUGUUUGUAACUGCUGUGAGCUGGUCCUCUCUGGGAAGACGUGAAGAACCUAGAAGCUGUUUAACCAUUUAACUUAUUAAAUGAGCUGACAUUUCAAACGGUGCAAAGCAGGAACAGUCUUGAAUAUGGACACGUGUGUCUGUCUCAGCAGGAUGUUGAGGAAGGAGGUGAAACAUGAUGAACUGGAUCUGGAACGUUAAGGGAACAAAGUCUGCCUAAAAUAAACUUUUAAACUUAAUUUAAACACAACAGCAAUAUAUUUGAGGAGUUUUUAAGUUGGUAUCUGUUUCUGGAUAAAUGCUAUUUAUCAAUCAGCGUUUGUGGUGCAAAAAACAAAAAACACAAAGCAAGAUAAUCAUUAUGCAGAUAUUUUGCACAGUGUUUUAGGAUAGUAUAUCUGUUUGUUGUAAAUAUGUUUGUUCUUGUGUUUGUAAUUAUUUUCUUACUCUACAGAUUGUUUUGAAAUUAAUUUAAAGAUAAAGAAAAAAAUGUUCAGAGUUAUGUGGUAAAGUGUUUAAAAUGGACCAAAAUCCGAUAUGUUCCUGCAGAACUUCAACCUGACUUUGUACUUUGUGUAAAUAAAGUUAUUUACUACAAA